UCUCAGACUGACAUUCAUUCAGCACUCACUGACACCUUUUAAACAGAUUUACUCUGUUCGCUUAGCUGCUAGUGUCAAUUCCCGAUACCUUGUUCACUUCACUUCGUCUCCAGCACCAUGCUCAGGAUGCUACAGAAACUCCGUCUCCAGCCAGGGAUGAGUCUAUUAUUGAUAUGGCUCUGUCAUUUCAUGGAAGAUCAAAAAGUACAAGCUGGUAACUGCUGGUUACAGCAGGGGAAGAACGGGAGGUGUCAGGUGCUCUACGUACCGGGGAUGAGCCGAGAGGAAUGCUGUAGAAGCGGGAGGCUGGGAACGUCAUGGACCGAGGAGGAUGUACCCAACAGCACCUUGUUCCGGUGGAUGAUCUUUAACGGCGGAGCCCCCAACUGCAUACCCUGCAAAGAAACGUGCGACAACGUGGACUGUGGACCCGGAAAGAGAUGCAAGAUUAACAGGAGAAGCAAGCCGCGCUGCGUCUGCGCGCCAGACUGCUCCAAUGUCACUUGGAAAGGCCCUGUGUGCGGAUCGGAUGGAAAGACAUACAAAGACGAGUGCGCGUUGCUCAAGUUCAAAUGUAAAGUCCAUCUGGACCUGGAAGUGCAGUACCAGGGCAAAUGCAAGAAGACCUGCCGUGACGUUUUAUGCCCAGGAAGCUCCACGUGCGUCGUGGACCAGACAAAUAACGCAUAUUGUGUGAUGUGUAAUCGGAUCUGCCCUGAACAGAGGUCACCGGAUCAGUUCCUGUGUGGCAACGACGGGAUCAUCUAUGCCAGUGCAUGCCAUCUGAGGAGGGCGACAUGUCUCCUGGGCAGAUCCAUAGGAGUAGCAUAUCAGGGGAAAUGCAUCAAGGCCAAGUCGUGCGAGGACAUCCAAUGCAGUGUGGGGAAGAAGUGUCUGUGGGAUGCCAGGAUGAGCCGAGGCCGCUGCUCCCUCUGUGAGGAGGCGUGUCCAGAGAGCCGGAUGGACGAGGCGGUGUGCGCCAGCGACAACACCACCUACCCCUCAGAGUGUGUUAUGAAGCAGACUGCCUGCUCUCUGGGAACACUCCUGGAGGUUAAGCAUUCAGGAUCUUGCAACUGAUUCUGCUGCCAAAAAAAAGACCUGAUCCAUUCAACCCCUCAGAUCGCCCUGCCCUGCCCCCAACCCCCCCCCCCCCCCAUUCCCACCCUGCGUCACCCGCUGCUCUGCUGUCAUAGCCCUGGCGUCCUAGAUUAUGUAAACAGUGUUUAAUCAUUAUGGGAUGGGAUGACUCAGUGCCAUGUCCCCUCUCUGCCCUGAAACAUAACAGCACCACGAGGCUAUACUGGGGCUUCGUGGAGGGAUAUGGGGCUUUUGAGAACAUUCAGAUAAAUACUCUUCUGCUACAUUGCUGUUGUGGUCCUUAUUUAUACAACAGCUACCAUAUAUUCUCCCAUCUAGCCAUUACAGAAGCCCCGGAGGAAGAGGAGGAGGAGGAGGAGGAGGAGGAGCAGGAAGAUCAGGACUACACGAUUUAUAUCCACCUGUCCUCCUUAUUGGAUGGAUAGGCUGUCUAUCAUAUCCACCUGUCUUCCUUAUUGGAUGGAUAGGCUGUCUAUCAUAUCCCCCUGUCCUCCUUAUUGGAUGGAUAGGCUGUCUAUCAUAUCCACCUGUCCUCCUUAUUGGAUGGAUAGGCUGUCUAUCAUAUCCACCUGUCCUCCUUAUUGGAUGGAUAGGCUGUCUAUCAUAUCCACCUGUCCUCCUUAUUGGAUAGAUAGGCUGUCUAUCAUAUCCACCUGUCCUCCUUAUUGGAUAGAUAGGCUGUCUAUCAUAUCCACCUGUCCUCCUUAUUGGAUGGAUAGGCUGUCUAUCAUAUCCACCUGUCCUCCUCAUUGGUGGAUAGUCUAUCUUCCUCCCCUCCUUAUUGGUUGGAUAGACUGUCUAUCUAUCUGCCUGCCUGGUCUGCACUAGAAGGACAGUCCAAGGGCCUGGAACCAUGUUCAUACUGUACAGUCCACAUGUUUGUGCUUAUAUAUUUUUUAAAGAGACAAAAGUUAGAAAAACAUUUAGUUCAGUUCUAGAUGUUUUAUUUAUACAUUUGGUUUGUGUUUUUAUAAUUUAUACAGUUAAACACUGUACUUACUAUCUACUAUUUCUACACACCAUUUUUUUUUAAUUUUUUUUUUUUAUCAUGGUUCUUUUUAGUUUUCAUUAUGUUUUUAUAUUAUGAAGAAAUAUAUUUGUCCAAAGAGAAGCAGAGUGUUAUUUAUUAAGUAUCCAUCUUCUUUCUGUAAAUGGCAUCGUUUUUCCCUGAGCUUUAUGUUCUCACUUUCACGUGAACGUUUAUUAUCACAGAUGUUUUAUCAUUCACACAUUAACUCCAUGUUUAAUCUUCCUAUGUGUUUAUUUAUCUAUCUUAUCUGUCAAUCGUUUAUAUCCAGAAAUGUUUCUGCUUUCUUGUUUACACCUCGUUGUAACUGGCCAAAGGGAAUUCUUGUCUGUUCUGCAGUGGAACGGUGCUUUUGUAUGGUGCAACGUGGUUAUAGCUGGUAAGCCCCUGGUCCCAGAUCUUUCGCCUUACUCCAUUAUUGUCAAGCUAUUGUUUGGCAUGACAAGUACAUGAGUUGGCAAAAGAGCAGAAACCACCUGGCAAUCAGGAUAUGGUGAUAUUAGUGAGGCUACUCCUCUACAAAUUCUUUCCCAAUGGAGUGUUUUACCCAGACGUCACUCACUAGUAGUAUUUUAUAUAUUUUACAUGUUAGAAAAUAUAUGUUUUUUUUUUGGGACAACACUUGAUUUUGUCCGAAAAUGUGCCGUGAACAAAUGUUGUGUGCUGCCAAUGUUUUGUUCCAUAUUGCUCUUGCAGAGAUCACCUGACUAGGAUGCUACAGAGACUUAUGUAGCAUAUCAAACAUAUCACUUUGCUUUCUUUUUCCACUGUCAAUGCUGUUGUUGUUGUUUUCAGAAUGCAUUUUUUAUGUUCAAACAUCACAAGAGAAAUACAAUUAGACGUAUAUAGUUUUGUAUUUUUUUUUAAUGUAAAUGUCAUAUGUACAUACAAAGGGUGAUGGUAUUUGUACAGAUAUGAAAGAGUGAAACAAUAAAAUAUAACGUUCCCA